AUGAUCUUCCAUUCUGAUUUACCCUCGCGGUUUAACUUUAGUUUUGUCUGUUGUGUCUUUGCCACAACAUACGGCCAAUACCAACAUGAAAGAGCGCUCGCUGAUUUAAUGUCGCCGCCCGUUGUAAAGUUCAAAGUUCAAGUGGAAAUGGGCCUCAGGGAGAGAACCCUCAGUUGGCCAACGAUUCCACCACAAAACGUGAGCGGCGAUAGCAGGAGCAGCGCUCUCGGGGGUGUCGACCCUUUGCUGCCGUCUCCGGCGUCACACAGCGCUGUUAUCGUUUCACCCGAAACACUCAGUCAUCAUUCCUCCCCUGCCAAAAUCCCUUCAGUUACAACAGCUUCCGUCUCCACAGUGAAACAGGGACCAGCACAUGUUCAAAUCUCUUCGACUCAAAG